UGUGUGUGUGUGUGUGUAUGCGGCCUGCCCACCCGCCAGUUCCGACUGAGCGGCGGCCAAAGGACGCUCGCACAGGUUAUGGCCAUCGGAAAUAAAGAUAAAUACUCGUCGUCGUCUCUAAGGUCAGACGUGAACGCUACCGCCGCCGUGAACUUGCCACCGCCGUCGUGCCCGCGGGUAUAGGUAUACUACGAGCGAAUACGACUAAAGGGGCGGCGACGGAAACAACAAAAUCGUAGUAAUAUAAUAUUAUUAUUACCUGUAUUAUCAUUAAGCCGCGUGUGCGUCUAUAGUUUUGUUAUUAUUAUUGGAAGAAACGCGGUCGGCGCUAGACGGAACACGCGCGAACGAUAAAUUACAAUAUUAUUAUAUCGUAUUAUAUCGGUUUCGCACAGUGUUUCUAUAUCGAUAUAUAUAUAUACAGUACCUAUAUUAUCGUGUAGAUAUAAUAUAGUCCGUUGCAGUACGUCGAUGUUGAAACUACUGCAGUUAUUGUAGUCCGACAAUACGAGAAUCGCAUCACGUGUGGUCCCAACGAUACAGACGCGAUGAGAGGACUUUUCAAAAAAAAUUUAAUAGCUAUCAUCGUGUGCGUUUUGUGGUGUUGUACUGUCACAUUGGCUUUGAGACUAAAUAUUCAAUCACCAAAAUGGGUACAUCAGAUAUCUAAUGAUAAUUUGACAGGCAUACCGAAAUCCGUUUUAAAGCUUCAAGACAGAUUUUUGUAUCCUACAAGGGUUUUUUUGCAAAACAUGUUCAGCUCACAGUAUCAAAUAGACAAAUCUCGGAUGUUAAAGAGAACUCAAGAAAAAGUACAGAAAUCAUUCAAGUUUUUUUGUGAUACCAAUGGAACUAGAUCUGAAACGCGGCCAACGUCUGUACAUGAAUUAAGACCAGGUGACAUAGAUAUAAUCGGAAGUGUCGGAGAUUCUUUGACAGUUGGAACGGGAAGUUUUUCGUAUUUUUUACCACAAUUGGUUGUUGAUCAUCGUGGAACAUCUUGGUCAGCGGGCGGAAAAGGUACAUGGAGAGAAUUUUUAACUAUACCAAAUAUCUUGAAAGUUUUUAAUCCUAAAUUAAUUGGCUAUGCGUAUGGAGAUGCGGUGGCCGAACAGCGCUUUUCUCAAUUUAACGUAGCUGAAGUCGGGGCCCUCAGUAGAGAUCUACCAUUUAUGACAAGAGAACUGGUGAAAAGAAUCAAAAACGACGAGAGAACCAAUAUAACUGAAGACUGGAAAUUAAUAUCAAUAAUGAUGAGUUCAAAUACAUUUUGCUUGGAAUUGUGUUACGAAGAUUAUUCUAUAUAUGCUGAAAAACAUAGACAAGAAGUUCUAACGGCAUUACUAUACAUAAAAGAACAUUUGCCGCGGACAAUAGUCAACUUAAUUUUAAGUCCAAAUUUAGAAAUUUUACUUAAAUUUAAAAAUUUGCCAACCAUUUGUUUCUUCACUCACAUCGUAGAGUGUCCAUGUUUAUAUGCAAUACAGUACAAAGAUAAAUUGUCAGAUUAUAUAAAAGUAAUGAAACAGUUUCAAGAAGUCGAGAAAGAACUAAUAGAAUUAGAAGAACUGAAGAAUAAAGAAGAUUUUACGGUUGUUCUCCAAACGUUUACAGAACAUUUGAAUUUUCCAUUAAAUCGGUUUAAUACUACAGAUACAUCAUACCUGGCGAGUGAUUGUUUUCAUUUUAGUCAGAAAGGUUAUGCCAGAGCCGCAAAUGCAUUAUGGAACAAUAUGAUGGAACCAGUUGGCCUUAAAUCGACAGACUGGUCUAAAGAAUUUGAUCGAUUUAUUUGCCCAACAAAUGAGUCUCCAUUUAUUAGAACGUGGAAAAAUAGCAUAUCAUAAUUGGUUCAAACUUCCAAGUACGUUAUUACUUGAGACACCUAGAUUUAUUUGAUAUUAUGUCUUAAAACAAUUUUAUAUAUUCUCACCUAUAUAAUAUUAUGUACAUAAUUUGUAUAAAAUAGUAUUUAAUAUUCAUACGUUUUAGUAUUUAUCUAAAUUUCCACAUUUUGUUAUUUAUUAUUUUUAUUAGUUUUCAUUAAUAAGGCAAUGUCAUCUCAGAGUAUGUAAAUAGUUUAUCGUUAGUAUAAACAGUUACUUUAAUAGUAAUUCAAUUGAAUUGUUUUUUGUAUAUGUUUAAUUUUAAUUCAUAGAUUACUCUUAACAAUAUUCGUAUGUUAAUUAUAAGUAAUAACUAAUAAGUAUAAUAUUUAUAUUUUUAUUUUAUUUAACUAAAUAAUAUUAUGUAUAAUUAUUAAAUAUCUGACAAUUUUACGGAGACUCGUAAAAUUUGUUAUCGUUUAAGUCAUAUUAUUCAGUACCUUAACCUAUAAUAACAAACAAAGGUUAAUCUAGGUGCUUUUAACAAGUCCAUAAGACUUUACGACUUACGUAGAAUAAAAUAAUGAUACAAGUUUACGAUUAUAUUAAUAAAUUUGCAUUGUCACUCAA